AUGGCUUCUUCACACGAAUCAUAUGAAGAUAAAAAGGAGACAUCACUCGACAGUGCGUCAAAUAAAUCAGAGAAUUCCAAAAAAUCAGAAACUUCCAAAAAAUCAGAGACUUCUAAAAAAUCAGAAACUUCCAAAAAAUCAGAGACUUCUAAAAAAUCAGGGACUUCCAAAAAAUCAGAAAAAUCAUACACACCAGAAAUAGAAGUUGAAACUUUUGAAAUUAAUGAAGAUAAGGAUAAACAAUAUAAUAAGUUUCUCCAAUGUUCUAGUAAUGAAUAUUCCAUUGAGCAAAUGAAAAAUUUUUUAAAAUAUGGAAUUACUGAAAAUGGGAUUCGAAUGAUGACAACGGAUACUUGUUCUUGGUACUACGAUUAUUAUAAAAUAACAAAAACAUCUACUCCUCAUCUAAAGGAAUUUACAGAUAAUACAACUGUAGAUUAUUACUACUAUACCACUCCUUUUUCUACACAAAUAGGAAGUAUUAACUUAGUCAUGAUGCAUAGUCAAGUAAACUUUGGAGAUGAAACAUGCACCCCUUCAGACAGAUUUUUUAAAAUGAAUGAAGCAACACCUGAAAUGAUCAAAGAAGCGAAAAUUAAAGCUAAUCAAAUUAAAAAUACAUGCUGUUUGAAAACUCUUUAA